UGGCAUUUAGACCGGCGUGAUGACGGAGGAGCGCUGUCCUCAGCUGGUGGAUUAUUUCGUGGUGGCGGGUCUGGGGGGCGACUCGUCUCCGCUGGACGAGGAGGGUCAGCAGAGGGGCGUGCGAGCGCUGCAGCCCGUCACUGAUCUGGCCGUGAUCGCCCGUGGCCUCGGGGAAGACGUUCCUGAGGGCUUCACCUGCAUCGAGAAGACCCAAGCAGGCCAUCCGGCGGAGCUGAGCGCAGGCCUGCUCAACAACACACACAUGUUCCUGUGCUACCGCAGAGGACACGACAAACCGCCCCUCGUCGAGCUCGGUGUUCUGUACGAGGGCAAGGAUCCGGUCCGGUCGGGAUGGCAGGUGAUCGAGACGACCCCGUACAGUCGUUCUGCGAGCCUGAGCUCCGGCGGUCCCACGAUGCACCGCACUUUCCUGAUGUUCCGCCGAGCGCCGGACUCACAGGCGCUGAACACACUGGGCAUCACUGAGAUCUCGCUGCUGAUGCCUAGCAAGGGCGAGACGGCGCCGCACACCUACUGCAGAGUGGACAAGAACCUCAACACCGGCAUGUGGGGUCCGGCGCUGUACCUCUGCUACAAGCGUUCAGUGGCUAAAGCGAACGCACUGGUGUACGAGGCAGGUCUGAUCAGUCGCUAUCCAGAGGAGGAUCUGGAGUCGUUUCCGCUGCCGGACUCUGUUCCGGUCUUCUGUCUGCCGAUGGGAGUGACGGUGGAGAGCUGGCCGCUCAACACUAAAUACCAGCUGCCCAUCUUCUCCACGUUUGUCCUGACCAGCGCCUCCGGAGACAAGGUCCGUCUGCUCACAGCUUAUGACCCGUUCACACCAAUAACAACCAGAUCAGCGUCCAGUUCUCUGCAUGCUAGUGUCCGACGACUCCUCACCUUCAUCUACAGAUACUCCAUCUCUGGACCGCAUGUGCUGCCGCUGGAGAAGCACAUCUCGAGCUUCAUGCACAACGUCCCGUUCCCGUCCGCUCAGCGUCCUCGGAUCCUGGUGCAGCUCUCUUCGUAUGAUAAUAUGUUGCUCUGUCAGCCCGUGUCGUCUCCGCUGCCGCUCAGUGGUGCCAGUUUUGUGAAGCUGCUGCAGAAUCUGGGUCCUGAGAACGCGUGUUCGCUGCUGCUGGCGGUUCUGACCGAACACAAGCUGCUGCUGCACUCGCUGCGGCCCGAUGUUCUGACGUCCGUCAGUGAGGCGCUGGUGUCCGUGAGUUCAGCACACAUCACAUCCAUCUCUGCAGCGCUUCACACAACACAGACUGAUUCAGAGCAGCUCGACAAGAAGAGAAUCAGUGAUGCUCUAAAGGCAGCAGUGUCAUCAUUCAGAUUAAUUCAGAGCUGCAUCAUGAUUCAUCUUUACGAUCCGCCGACUGACGUGGUGUGUGUGGAUCUGGACACCAACACCAUCUUCCAGUCUGAAGAUAAGAAGCCCCUGUCCUGGAGGUCUUUGCCGAGGAAACAUGGGAAGAUCCUGCUGAACUCUCUGUCCAACCUGCACAAAACUCUGGAGAAGAUCUAUACUCCGGGUCAGGAGGAGGCCACGCUGGAGUUCCUGCUGACGGACUACGAUCUGAUCUACGGCCGUCAGAAGCAGCUGGAGCUGGAGAUCCAGGAGGCGUUCCUGCGCUUCAUGAGCUGUUUGCUGAGAGGAUACCGAUCCUUCCUGCUGCCCAUCACACAAGCGCCCUCCGACCGAACCACGGACUGCAGCUCGCUCUUCCACCUGCAGGGGUUCCUGAAGUCUCGCGAUCGAGCGCAGCAGAAGUUUUACACGCAGCUGUCUGUGUCUGUGGACGUGGAAAAGCCGGAGGAUGUGCGUCUGAUCGAUCGUGACGAGUGUCACAGCGGUGAGCACACAGUGUUCAUUAUGCCUCCGGAGGAACCGCAGGAAGCCGACGGCUCCGAGUGUCCUGCACACUACAGGUACGACCCGCAGCUGAAGGGUUUUCUCCUGUUCUGCAGGUCGGUGGAAGUGAGGGAGACUCUGAACAGGAAGUCGGUGGAUGAAAACUACAACAACGUGUCGUCUCCGAGCCGCGGUCUGGCCGGGAAACUGCAGCAGCUGCUGACGCCCACGAGGAACCGUGCAUCGGUGCGACGAGCCGCUAGCGUAGACGACCGGCGGCCGGGAGCGAACGGACACUCGCGCCAGAAACCCUCGCGCAAGAGCCAGAUGACCGAGAGUCUGCUGAAGGCCAAGGAGCGGCUGUACAACGCCACGUCUGAGAGCUCUCUGUCUGUAGGGAGUGACAUUGACAUGACGGACAUCCAGACGCUAGCAGUUCCUCUCAGGAAGUCGUGGGAUUCUGCACAGGAAGGGGUGGGCAUUGAGGUGCUGAUCUCGAGCUGCUCGCUGUGUCCUUUCUGCUCCUCGCCGUUCGUCCCGCUGCUGAACGCAGAGAUCUGUGACCCGGGGCCCGUCUGCAGCGUGGAGCGCAGUAACCUGAGUGCGGAGGAUGAGAUGCAGAAUAUCAUGCGUCCUCCCGUCGCUCCGGACGACACACUGCAGCACCUGUGCAACGGCGUCAGAGAGACGGACUCCAGCUCAGAGACCAGCAGCCAAUCAGAGAGCAGCGUGCCAUCGGUGGGCGGGGCCCCGCAGGUGACGGUGGCGUACCUGAGCCCGCUGGUGCUGCGCAAGGAGAUGGAGAGUCUGCUGGAGAACGAGGGUGAGGCUGUUCUCUCUCAGGUCCAGCUGCUGGACAGUCACUCCAUCCUCUUCUGGAAUCUGGUGUGGUACUUCACUCGCCUCGGCCUGCCCAGUAACCUGCUGCAGCUGCUGCGGACGUCACCACUGACAACACGCCUCACACAGGGGUCAGAGGGCACGGCGGUGCACGUGAGGCUGCUGUGGGACACACUGACCCCAGAUACAGAGCAGUGGCCGGCGCUCUACAUGCUCUGGAGGAUUCACAGUGGCGUCCCCAUGCGCAGCUACAGCUGGCGGCAUCACAACCAUCCCUUCAACCUCAGCUUCCUGGAGGAAGUGCUACGCUGGAUCGGUCUGAACGAAGUACACAAGGCCAUCAUGCUCUUCCUGGAUACGGUUGCUAAGCAGCCCGGCACUCCACGGAUACAGAGGAGUCUGUACAGAGAGAUGCUCUUCCUCACGGUGGCCGCCAUGGGCAAAGAUCACGUCGCUUCCUUUGAUAAGCGUUAUAAGGCGGCGUAUGUGCGCUUGAGCAGUUCUCUGGGCCGAGAGGAGUUGAGGAGGAAGAGAGUCCAGCCGCCCAGUCCUAAAGCUGUCGACUGCAGACGCUGCUUCCUGCUGCCGCUGGAGUGCUGAACACACAUCACACACACACACACACACACACUCCGCUCGUCUCGUCUCGUAACGUCGCGUCUCAUCGUCGUCUUCACGCUGCUUGAGGAGGAAAUGCGACACACAGUCCAAGCACUUCUGCUGGUACGUUGACUGCAGACGCAGCUGUGCAUUAUGGGAACGCGUGACCCUUUCACCAAAACUGCUUCUGUAUCCCACAAUGCCGAGCAAACUGACACCCGCCCCCGCCUCGGAUGAUUUCAUAGGAUCUAGUGUGGCGUCUGGAUUUACCUCGUUUAUUUCUGUUUGUUUGAUUUCAUGGAACUCAAAGAUGAAGAUCCGGUUGUAAACGCCGGAAGGCAUCAUGGGAGUUUGAGAUAAUUCUGCACUGGAGUGACGCUCUGAGCUCCUUCAUGUUAGUGUGAGAUGUUUCCCGACCAGCAGAUCCAUCGUCUCUAUUCUGGACAGGACAGUUACUCAGUAAACUAGUCCGAUUAGGACUAGUUAGUUCCUCUGAACCGUGUUUGUGUGUGUGAGAGAGAGCAGUGCUGCUGUCGAGCUACAAACACAAACAUGUUUUAUUCAGUAAUUUAAACGUUUUAUUUUAUUCAGUCAUUUUAAAGGCUUUCUCCUGGAGAAUCAUGACUUCCUGUGAUGCUCUGAUUGGCUGACGUCCAUGUGCUGCUGUCAGGACACACACAAAGAGAUUCUGAGAAAUGUCUCGGUGUUUUCUGUUCAUAUAUUGAAAGUCAGCGGGUCCAGAGUUGUUUGUCUCCCAACAUUCUUCAAAAUACAUUUACAUUUAUUCAUUUAUCAAAUUAUUCAUUUUCAAAACAUCAGAAGACAUGAGGAGAGUGAAUGAUGGCUAAAUUGUCUCAUUAAAUGCACACAUCAAGGUUGAAUUUGUAGAUUUUAUUUUAUGCUGUUUUCAGUCCUGUCUGAUGAUGAUUUAUUUUUUCUAUAUGCAGUAGGAGUCCAGGAUAUAAUAUAAAACUAUGAAGGAACUAGAUGCAUUCAAUCCAGCUGACUUCCUGUACAUUUCACAGUACAGUUUUAAUACCAACAGAGCUAAAAGUUACAAAGUUACAAUAUUUAAUUUACAACAAUCAUUUGUGAUGAUACCAAUGAUAAUUUUCAUUAUUG